GUAAAUCGAAAGCUUAGGCAAACCACUGAUAAAAACUCGAUAAAUUCAUAAAUCAUGACUAGCCAAUACUUAAAGAUGAACAAACACCGAAUGGACAGCUUUACAGAGCUGAAGCUAUUGAAAGAGAUUAUGUUGUACGGUGAAACUAAAAAUCCGGAAAAACUGGAGAAAUACGUCAACCUGGGCGACGUUCUGAUCAAACAGCUUUUCCGGGUACCGAGAAUCGACCGAGGCACUCAGACCAACUGGAAGUGGAGGAUCAUGGCCGAGCGUUGGGGAAAUGCCAGAAUUAUUCAGCCAAAGGUGAGGCUGGUCUAUAUCCCAGAGACGUCUCCGGAAAUUGCGACGGAAAUUGUGGCGAAGGAACCAAGUGCAGUGGUUAGUGUUUACGACAAGACAUCAGUACUACCGUUUCAAAAUUCGUCAGUAGAGACUGCGAACUUUGAGAACGUGUUACAUGAGGUUGCCAAAAAAUUGAACACAGAGGACCGCCCCACCCCAGUAAUAGAAGAAGACUCGCCCUUGGGUAAAGCUAAAACUGCAUUGAAUAAAGUCCUAGAGAUCCGAAACCUUCGCACAGCACGUGACUGCGACAAGAUCGUCGACACCAGCGACCUUGACUUUGACCCCUUCGACCCCCGCAUCAACCAGCGCUGCCUCUACAACAACCUCAAGCACCGCAGCCCUGCCGCCCCUCACGACACCACCAAAGUCUUCGGACGACGCCGAUCUUCAAUCAGACCCUCGCGACCAGAAAGCAGACGACGAAUCAGCUCGAUCAAAAACAGUUCCGGUAUCUCGGAAGAGGCGGGCCAGCCUGCGCAGGUACCAAAAACCGAUGCAGAGCCGGUUCCCCGGGAGAGGCAAGGUUCCGGUGCCAGCACCAGAAAAGCCUCCAGACAAAACCGCUUGUCUUUUGAGGAAAAGGACGCUAGCGGUCAGCAAACGGACGCUAGCGAUCAGAAAAAGGGCGGCAAAACUCGCCGACGCUCCUCCCAGAAGGUGCCUGCUCAACAAGGUAAAAGUGAGAGCAUGGCGAAACUAGAGGAGGGCGCCAUCACACAGGAGGUUGAGGAGCUACAGCCGGAGACUGCUGACGGGGCUGUAGCCUUACCUGAUUAGGCUAUUGAAGGAAGCGUUAGAUUUAAUUAACGGACAGUUGACGGGGUGUAGCUUUACCUGAUUAGGCUAUUGAAGGAAGCGUUAGAUUUAAUUAACGGACAGCUGACGGGGUGUAGCUUUACCUGAUUAGUCUAUUGAAGGAAGAGAUUUAAUUAACGGACAGUUGACGGGGUGUAGCUUUACCUGAUUUGUAUAUUGAAGGAAGCGUUAGAUUUAAUUAACGGACAGCUGACGGAGUGUAGCUUUACCUGAUUAGUCUAUUGAAGAAAGAGAUUUAAUUAACGGACAGUUGACGGAGUGUAGCUUUAC